AUGCGAGCGCAAAGCGACCAAGGUGUCUCGACCUUGCAACACACUCCCCUUCGCUCCGCCUAUAGCCCCUCCCAGAUCCUCGCCUACCUCCAGCACAUCUCUUUCCCACUAUCAUUAGAUUUCCCUCGCAAUGCGCAGACGCUAACCCUCCUUCAUCACCUGCAAAUUACCACUAUCCCAUAUGAGAACCUCUCACUGCACUACAACCCACACCAUCUCAACGACAUCGACCCACAGGCGUUGUACCAAAAGCUCGUCGGCCCGCCGAACCGGGGGAGAGGAGGGUACUGCUUCGAGACAGCAGUCUUCUGGCUGAACAUCCUGCGCGGCCUCGGCUUCACAGCUUAUCACAGCCAGGCCUCGAUCCGCCUGCGUGACGGGCCGGUGCCCAGGGGCGACUUUGUUGGCCCGAGACAUGUCGUGACUGUGGUGGAGUUUGGGAGUGAGCGGUGGGUGACGGACGUUGGAUUCGGCGGCGACGGGAUGACAGCACCGCUUCCGCUGCUCCACGAGCUUGAGGCCGGGCGUGAGUAUCCGAAGCACAGGAACCUGGGAUCGCAGGAGGUGCGGGUCACGCGCGGUUUGUACCCCGGUGUGGUGUCUGAUGGAGAGGGCAACAAGGUCUGGUUCUACGAAUACCGUAACCGUCCAGAGGACGAAUGGAACCGGUACUAUGCGUUCGGUGAUCGCGAAGCUACAUCUUGGGACCUGGAGUGUGCCAAUUAUUGGGUCUCGUCGCACCCUGAGAGCUUCCAGCGGAAGCAGAUUCUUGUGGUCAAAUUCCUUAGAGACCCUGGUGAACAUGUCUGGAAGGAAGGGUCGAUAGAGGCUGCAGACACAGCCGAUUCGGGCACCAUUGUGGUUCCAGAGGUGGGAACAGUUGGGAAGAUCAUGCUUGCGGAUGGAACAAUUAAGAGGAAUCUAGGAGGCAAGACCGAGGUGGUUAAAGUUUGUCGCACGGAGGAGGAACGAGUCCAGGCUUUGAAGGAGUUCUUUGGGAUUACCCUGAGUGACGCCGAGAAACACGGCAUAGAGGGAUUUGAGACGGCUUUGGCGUGA